AUGCUUGUGAACGCAUACCAAGAUUUGGAUGCUCGUCGAGAGGUUGGGUCCUCUUCUAAAUCCAACACAGGUGAAUGGUUGAGAACUGGAGUGGAUGUUGUUGACUUAAGCAGCAGCAACAACAACAAUACAGAUAAAGCAAUCAAAAGACCAUUCUUGGAUUUGGGUGUCGUUUUUCCUACCAUCACCAAGAGGAACCAACCAACCACUUAUAUCCAUUCUGCUCCUGGUGUCUUCCACAGAGAUGUGAAACUACAGAACCUUUUGGUUGAUCCCCUCACUCAUCAGUGUAAGCUGUGUGAUUUUGGAAGUGCAAAAGUAUUGGUGAAAGGUGAACCAAAUAUAUCAUAUAUCUGCUCUCGGUAUUACCGAGCUCCAGAACUCAUCUUUGGGGCCACAGAGUCUACAUCCUCCAUAGAUAUAUUGUCUGCUGGUUUUGUUUUGGCAGAGCUCCUUCUUGGUCAGCCGUUAUUCCCCCAAAAUUCUGUGGACCAGCUAGUGGAGAUCAUCCAGGUUCUUGGUACUCCAACUCAAGAAGAAAUCCGAUGCAUGAAUCCAAACUUUACAGACUUUAGGUUCCCACAAAUCAAAGCUCAUCCAUGGCAUAAGGUAUUUUAUAUGCAUGUUACGUUUUCUAAUAAGCGGAUGCCUCCAGAAGACAUUGACCUUGCAUCUCGGCUUCUUCAACAUUCAUCGAGCCUACGUUGCACUGCGCUCGAAGCAUGUGCUCAUCCAUUUUUCAAUGAACUACGUGAGCCCAAUGCUCGUCUUCCAAACGACCGACCUCUACCACCGUUGUUCAACUUCAAACAAGAGUUAUCUGGAGCUUCCCCAGAGCUUAUAAACAGGUUAGUCCUAGAGCAUGUUAGGUGA